CCGUUGGUCCCUGAGGAGGAAGCCCUGGGCUUGGCCUGCGUGGCGCUUUCUGCGCUCCCAGGAGAGCGAGCGUCUGACCAUCCUGUUUCUGGAGCCUGGCUGCAUCUCCUCCCCUCCCCCUGCUGCAGUGUGGUUGGCUGCCGAGCGCCUGGUGCCUGCGCUUCUGCUAGAACCGGAGGGCAGCGUGGCGGACACUGUGGGAGCCGUGCAUCCCUGUGGCCUGCGCUUCUCUGUGGUGCUGGGGCCUCCGGGAGUGCCAACGCUGGACAAGCUGCUGCAGGCAGCCAGGGCUGCAGGAGCAGGACUAUGUCCACCAUGGUGUACCCAAGGGAGGAGAAACUGGACAAGCUGAGCCAAGAGGAGAUAAUUUCCAAUACCAAGCUGGUGAUGCAAGGGCUGGAGGCACUCAAGAAUGAACACAACUCCAUCCUGCACAGUUUGCUGGAGACCAUCAAGUGCCUGAAGAAAGAUGAAGAAGCCAAUCUUGUGCAUGAGAAGUCCAACCUGCUCCGCAAGUCAGUGGAGAUGAUUGAACUGGGGCUUGGAGAAGCUCAGGUGAUGAUGGCAUUGUCCAACCAUCUGAAUGCCGUGGAGUCAGAGAAGCAGAAGCUGCGUGCUCAGGUGCGGAGACUGUGCCAAGAGAACCAGUGGCUGCGUGACGAGCUUGCCAACACCCAGCAGAAGCUGCAGCGCAGUGAACAAACCGUGGCUCAGCUGGAGGAGGAGAAGAAACACCUUGAGUUCAUGAACCAGCUAAAGAAGUACGAUGAGGAUGUCUCGCCUUCGGAGGAGAAGGAGGGUGACUCCACCAAGGACUCUCUGGAUGAUCUGUUCCCGAAUGAGGAGGAGGAGCAUGGUCCUGGAUUGCCCCACCAGCAUAGCAGUGCAGUGGCAGCUGCCCAGCAGGGAGGCUAUGAGAUUCCCGCACGCUUGCGCACCCUCCACAACCUUGUCAUCCAGUAUGCCUCACAGGGACGCUAUGAGGUGGCUGUGCCGCUCUGCAAGCAGGCACUGGAGGACCUGGAGAAGACAUCAGGCCACGAUCACCCUGAUGUGGCCACCAUGCUCAACAUCCUGGCACUAGUGUACAGGGAUCAGAAUAAAUACAAAGAGGCAGCACACCUCUUGAAUGAUGCGCUCUCCAUCCGUGAGAAGACUCUGGGCAAAGACCACCCAGCGGUGGCAGCAACUUUGAACAACCUGGCUGUUCUCUACGGCAAGAGAGGGAAGUACAAAGAAGCAGAGCCACUGUGUAAGCGAGCCCUGGAGAUCCGUGAGAAGGUCCUAGGCAAAGACCAUCCUGAUGUGGCCAAGCAGCUGAACAAUCUAGCCCUGCUGUGCCAGAACCAGGGCAAGUAUGAUGAGGUGGAGUACUAUUACUGCCGGGCCCUGGAGAUCUACGAGAGCUGCCUGGGUCCUGAUGACCCCAACGUGGCCAAGACCAAGAACAACCUGGCCUCCUGUUACCUGAAGCAAGGCAAAUACAAAGAUGCAGAGGUGCUGUAUAAGGAGAUCCUUACCCGUGCUCACGUGAAGGAAUUUGGCUCUGUGGAUGAUGAACACAAGCCAAUCUGGAUGCAUGCGGAGGAGAGAGAGGAGAUGAGCAAGAGCAAGCACAGAGACAGUGCUCCCUACGCUGAGUAUGGCGGCUGGUACAAGGCCUGUAAGGUUAGCAGCCCAACUGUGAAUACCACUCUGAGGAACCUGGGUGCGCUGUACCGACGCCAGGGCAAGCUAGAGGCAGCUGAGACCUUGGAGGAGUGUGCAGUUCGCUCUCGGCGGCAGGGCAUUGACCCAAUCAACCAGACGAAGGUGGUGGAGAUCCUGAAGGAGGGCAAUGGUACAGAGAGACGUCGGAGCCUGGGGGGCAGCGUCAAGUAUGAGAAUGCCACAGACGGUAGCGAGGAAGUGAGUAUGGGCGUGGAAUGGAGCGGGGCUUAAAUGCCUCCCGAGACUCCCUCUUUCCCCUCCACCGCAAUCACCUGGAUGCUUGUGUUGUAUCUUCCGACUUUUCCUCCACACCAUCCCUCCUUCCUCGGCAAGAACUCCACGCCAGUCCCCCAACCCUCCCGGCGCGCGAGGGCACCGCGAUGCCUGCAGAGGAGUGCCUGGCCACGUGGCCCAGCUCCAGUCCCAUGGCCAGCAAGAGCAGGAAGAAUCUGCGAGGAGCUGCCUGCUCCCCUAGGCCAGGGUGACGGGCCACCGUCCCCUUGCAUGCCCUGAUCCCCAGCCUGCCCUUGCACAUCCCUGGGGACUAGGCCUGCAGGGGAUUGUCUUCACUCCAGGCAUGCUGACUCCACCAUCAUUAGACAUCCUCAACCCUCCUAGGUUGUUCCCUCCAUCUCUGUAGGGGCCAGGAUGGAGGCACGAAGAUGGGGGGCUGUUUUGGGACAGAGAGGCCUGGCCUUGGCAGGGCUGUCAUGUGCCCAGUUGUUUUCUUCCCUGUAGGCUUAGCUGAUGUUAGUGCCUUGUAGCAAACCUGCGCUGGCCACUGGUGAGCUGGGCUCUCCCUGCAGCACAGGGCAGUCCCUGUCUUACUAUCCUCCUCCCUCCAGAGGUCUGCAACCCAGGGGCAGCAUGUGAGUCUCUCUGCAGGGGCACAGGAAUGUAGGGCAGCCCAUAGCUACUGUACAUCGAAGACAAGGUGAGGGAGUGACAGCCAAGCGCCGUGCAUGGAACAGGGACCUGCCAGGACAAGCAUGUUUGCUUGCAACCUCCUGACUGAUGCUGUAGCAGAGUUCCUCACCUGAUGGCAUUAAGGGAUUAAUUGCUCCCUGUUGGGCUCCAGGGUCCCCAGGUGUGGCUGCUGGGAGAGGGAGAGGUGGGAGUGAAGCUGUUCGCUGUUCCUUGGAGGCUGAGGAAGACUAGGAGGAAAGCAGAACUUUUCUGCAAGGGGCCAGGCCCCAGGCCAUUAGAAGUGGCUGAGAUGGGGAAUGGGCUGGUUUGGAACAGAGUGGUUGGGGGAAAAAGGAGGUGCAAAGAAGGAUGCGAGGAAAAGAAGAGCUGGGGCUUGGGGUGCUCUGAGCAUGUGGGGGCAGAUGGGAUGGCUGGAGGGAGGUUUCCACAGGAGGAGAAGGGGCCAGGUUGCUUGUGAAGGAGUGCAAUUCUUGAACACAGGACCUGGCUUGCCAGGCGUGGUCCCUGGGGCUGUGACUAGCUGUCUGGCUGUCCCUAGCCAAGUGGGUGGGAAAUCUGUAACCCUGUUAUUGCUAGGAAUACAGUGCUGACUCUGGGUCUGUGUUGGGGUGGCUCAGUGCCUCUGGGACUCUAGGCCUGCACAGGAUCUGGUGCUGUUGGUCCCUACUGGGAAAGGGGAUGUUUCCCAGGGCCAGACCACCACUGCCUUGAGCCUUACAUCCUUGGGUGCACACCCUCAUCCCAUCUCCUGUAAGAAGUGAACCUCCCUUGCCCUCCUACCUGGGAAGAAAGCUGGGGAGGCUGCAGCCAGCAGGAUAGAGCCCAGAGGCUAGCGCAGGACACCCCUUUAUUUAUUUAGCUAGGUAGUUUCUCUCAUGCUAGUCAUCUGGGAGGUUGUGAUACUAAAUGUGCUUGUGUCUGUCUGGGCCUGGCUUUCCUGUGGUGAUGCAGAGGCCUUGGGGCACAUGCAUGCUGCUCCCCUGGGAGCUUGUGCUUGCUGAAAGGAGGUUUGUCCUCAGGACCAUGGGGUGUGGAGCCCAGAGCUGAGUGUUCUAGGGCUGUGCCUUCCCUGCCUCUCUCUCCCAGCGCUGCUCCAUGUUCCUGGAGAGUCCCCAGUGCAGGGUGCAUUCAGGCCUCAGUGCCACCUGCCCCUGUGUUUUGCCAUGUCCUGGACCUGGUGCUGUAACAACCAUACCUCUGAUUAAAGGUAGACAGACCCAAACCGCUGCCCUGUGCUUCUUUCCAUGCUCUGUAGGCCAGCGUCGGUCAGCCUUGGGGUGGCGGGUGCAAAUGCUGCUGGAGCAGGUGUGGGGGUGCUUGGUGUCUGUGUGUGUGCAGGGGGAUGUGCUGCCCCCAGGGCACCUCUGCUAGGCUGAGCAUUGGAGAUGAGGGGCCCAACUCCACUGUGCCUCUCCCUAACCUCCGAACUGGGGUUGCUAUUAACCUUAGCUCUGUAGCCGUGUGUGGCAGGGCUGCCCUGGGAUGUCUGAGCUUGGGCCUUCCCCAACAGGUGUUUCCAUUAGCCAGAGAAAUACCCCAUUGUGUCCCCCAGUGCUGAGCUCCAUGUGUCCAAAUCCUGCCCAAGUCCUCUGCCUCCAUGCAGCAGGCAGGGUGGGAACAUGCAGUGGAGAGUGGCUCAGUGGUGGAGCUGCUUCUUUUUCUUUGAGUGCUCUCAUCCUGGUGGGUGCAAUGAGGUGGGGGCUCUGCGGUAAACCAAGCCCCAUAAAUGUUCUGGGUUAAAAAUAGCUCUGCAGAAAAGGCAGUGGGGAGAGAAGGGAGGCUAUUUUUAACCCAGCG